AUGUCACUCCCACUCUCAGGAAAAGUCGCCAUUGUCACAGGCUCGUCCCGCGGCAUCGGGGCUGCCAUCGCCCGCCGGCUUGCAACUGAUGGCGCACAUGUUGUCGUCAACUACAACGGCAGCGAGGCCGCAGCCGGGCAGGUCGUCGCGGACAUCAACAACGAGGCCCACGGGCGCGCCGUGGCGAUUCAGGCGGACCUGUCCUCGGUCGAGGAGGGCGUCCGCCUCGUCGAGGACACCGUCAAGUCACUCGGGAGACUCGACAUCCUCGUGCACAACGCGGCGUUCAAGACGACGGGUGAGCUCGACGCGGUCGGCACGGCGGACUUCGACACGCAGUUCAGCGUCAACGUGCGGACACCGCUCUUUGUGACCCAGGCCGCUGCACGACACCUUCCGAAGGGCGGCCGCGUCGUCUUCGUCACGUCCAACACGACGAAGACCUCCGCCGUCACGCCCGAGUACCUCGUCUACACCGCCUCGAAGGGCGCGGCCGAACAGCUCGUGCGCGUCCUCGCGAAAGACCUCGGCCGGAGGGGCAUCACUGUGAACGCCGUCUCCCCCGGCGCGACCGACACCGAAUUCUUCCGCGAAGACUGCACGAGCGCCGCGUUCGUCGAGUACGUCACGAGCCAGUUCCCGCAGAGGCAGAUCCCCGUCGCCGAGGACAUCGCGCCGCUCGUCGCGUUCCUGGCGCGGGACGAGGCGGGGUGGGUGAACGGACAGUGUAUCAUGGUUAAUGGGGUGGGUUUUUGCCAGAUCUAG